AUGGCUGCUGCCAGCCCUUGGGACCCGGCUUCCGCGCGGAACUCCGCAGGGCUACUGUUGCGCCACUUCGUGGCUUCAGGGUUGGUCACUCAGGAGAUGUUAAAUAUAUCUAAGAAAACAGCUCCUUUCUUUGAGAAAUUCUCCAGACUACAACAGAUCACAAAUAUUCAAGCCGAAAUCUAUCAGAAAAGCCUGGAAAUUGAACUUCUGAAACUAGAAAAAGAUGCAGCAGAUGUUGUUCAUCCUUUCUAUUUGCUCAAAAAGUGUCACGAUCUACAAAGUAUGAAUAAUCACCUGGAAGCUGUGCUGAAAGAAAAGAGGUCCCUCAGGCAAAGACUGUUGAAACCCAUGUGCCAGGAAAACUUACCUUUGGAGACUUAUUAUCACAGAUAUAUGGUACAUUUGCUGGAGUUGGCUGUGACUUUCAUUGAGAGAUUGGAAACCCAUCUUGAAACAAUUAGAAAUAUCCCUCAUUUAGAUGCAAAUCUAAAGAAAAGGAGCAAGGCUUUAACCAAGAUGAAUGUUUUGGUGACUGAGACAGAAGAACUGGCAGAGAAUAUACUUAAGUGGCGAGAACAACAAAAGGAGAUUUCUUCUUGUAUCCCCAAAGUAUUAGCUGGAGAAAGUUACCUUCAAAAAUAUGAUAUUAUAAUUUCUCCUUUACCUUUUACUUCUAAAGGUCAUGCCCAAACAACUAAUAUCAAGUGAUCAUCAAUUUUAUUUUCCCUAAU